UCCAAAUUAAGCCCAGUAGAAAAAUUGUUCUACCUAAGUCAGAAGACCAAAGGUGAAGCACACGACAUUGUUAGGAAAAGUCCUUUGACGAAUUCCGGAUUCACCUUAGCGUGGAACAAUCUAUGUUCCAGGUUUGAGAACAAACGAGUGCUGGUUAAUGGCCAACUAAAGAAUUUAUUUUCACUUGUCAAUAUUCAUACAGAAACUGCAAUAUCCAUCAAGAAGCUUCAAAGAGAUAUCAAUUCUUGUAUAUCCACUCUAAAGCUUUAUGAUGUUGACGUUGAAAGCUGGAAUCCGAUUUUCGUGUUCAUUUGUUCCAACUGUCUUCCAGAUUCUACUUUAACUUUAUGGGAACAAACACUCUCGGAUAAAACCAGCAUUCCAAAAUGGUCUGAAUUGGAUAUAUUUCUUACCAACCGGUAUAGAACAUUGGAGGCUGUCUCUGAAACGAGAAGUUCUUCUGAUUCCAAGUCCAAAGGGGAUAAGUCCAGACCUUUAAAUACAAAGAAUCAGAAGGACAGGCUUCAGACAUACCAAACCAACGUCAACAAAACUAAAUGUCGAUUGUGUUCCAAUGAAUUCCACAUAAUAAGGAAAUGUCCUCGGUUCCUAGCAUUUAAUUACGCACAGAGAUUGGCGGAAAUAAAGGCCAGCAAUCUCUGUCUAAAUUGUUUUUCCAGCUCCCAUGCUGUCAAAAAUUGUAAAAGCAAAAAUUCUUGCUUCAAAUGUCAAAAACGACAUAAUACUCUCCUCCAUAAGGAUGCUGAGCAACAAAAUAUACCCAUUAGUACUUCUCCUUCAGCUUCCAAUACACCACUUCAAACGCCUAGGACAUUUGCAUUCCAAGCUUCUCCAAAUUCCUCCAUACAGUCCACUAACUCUUCAACCGAUGUUAUUCAAAAUUGUUUCGCGGUUAAUUCAAACGGCGUUUUGCUUGGUACCGCUGUAGUAAAAGUUAUUCAUGCAGGUGUUGGUUAUAUAGCGAGGGCCCUCAUAGAUUCAGGUUCAGAAGGUACCUUUAUAUCUCAAAACCUUGCCAAUGCCCUCAGGUUACCUUCCAAACCUACAUCCGCUAUCAUAUCAGGCCUUAAUAACACGGUUUCAGCUGCUGUUCAAAAAGAAUGUCGCUUUAUCCUGGGCUCCUAUGCGGAUAAAGCUUUCGAGAUCGAUGUUUCAGCCUUAAUUGUGCCUCAUCUUUCUAAUAACCUUCCAACCUGCACAAUAGGGUCUGAUAUUCUCUAUUCGCUACCAAAGUUAGACUUAGCUGACCCGUAUUUUUACCGAAGCUCCAAGAUUGAUAUCCUAAUUGGCGCAGAUUUACUUCCUUCUGUCAUGUUAUCUGGGUGCCAGCGAGCGAUUUGCGGAUCCUUAUUCGCCCAGGAGACCGUAUUCGGAUGGAUCCUCACUGGCCCCAUUCCAACCAAAGCUCCAAAGUCCUUCUCUACAUGUGUAUCGUACUUCUGCGAAAUUGCUUUAGAAAAAAGUCUUCUGAAAUUUUGGGAGGUGGAGAAUAUUCCACAACAGCGUGUAAUGUCCAAAGCAGAUAGACAAUGUGAAGAAAUUUAUCAGAGAACGACAACUAGAGAUGGGAAUGGAAGGUAUACUGUUUCGCUUCCGUUUAAAGACGAAUAUUCCGAUUCACUAACCUUAGGUCAGUCGAGAAAAGGUGCGAUGGCCCAAUAUAUUCGGAAUGAAAGUCGUCUGCUAAAAAAUCCAGAAUUGAAAAGAGAAUAUGAUCUUAAUAUUGAAGAGUACGUCAAACUAGGACAUAUGAUUCCUGUUCUACCUCCUACAAUCUCAGAAUUUCCCGAUCAUUACUAUUUGCCGCAUCAUGCUGUUGUGAAGCCAGAUAGUUCUACCACUAAAGUCCGUGUGGUUUUCAAUGCUUCUUACGCAACAUCGAAUGGUACAAGUCUAAAUGACGUUUUGUACACUGGUCCAGCCUUACAGAACGACUUGACUAUUCUCAUCCUUAAGUGGCGUUUUUAUCGCUAUGUUUUCAGUGGUGAUAUAGAGAAAAUGUAUCGCCAAAUCCUUGUGUCUCCUUCUCACACCCACUUUCAGAGAAUCCUGUUCCGCCAGAAUCCAACUGAACCAAUAAAGGAUUACGAGUUGAAAACUGUAACCUUUGGUGUUAACUGUGCACCGUAUCUUGCGAUACGUACGAUGAUUCAACUAGCCAAUGACGUCCAUGAUUCAUAUCCAUUAGCUAGUCAUGUUUUGAAGAAUUGCAUGUAUGUGGAUGAUGCCCUUGCAGGGGCACAUGACAUACACACAGCAAUUUCAACCGUACGUGAAUUAAUCCUAUCUCUGAAGUCCGCAGGAUUCAACAUGCGAAAAUGGACCUCCAAUUCAACAACAAUUCUCUCGGACUUGUCACCCGAUGAUCUUCUUAAUGAUGGCUUUUUAGACUUUAACGCACAUUGUGCAGCUAAAAUGUUAGGCAUUCGUUGGAAUGCGUAUUCUGAUCAGUUUUAUUUCUCCUCCAUUGCAUUUUCUCCCCAUACUUAUACCAAACGAGAGGUUCUUUCCCAAAUAUCAAAACUAUUUGAUCCUGCUGGCUGGAUUUCGCCGGUCAUUGUAUUAGCCAAGAUAAUUAUGCAAAAAAUAUGGCUAGAUAAAGUGGGUUGGGAUGAAGAGAUAUCACCAGAAUCAAUUGACUUAUGGAAAGCAUUUCAGUCUUCAUUUUCUUCCAUCAAUGAGAUUCGUGUUCCACGUUGGUUUAACUUUGUCCCAGACCAUGAAAUUGAAUUCCACGGGUUUUCGGAUGCAUCAGAAAGGGCUUAUGCCGCAGUACUAUACAUUCGAAUUGUUUCUCCAACUACUGUGUACACCCACUUAGUGGCUUCCAAAACGAAAGUAGCACCGAUUAAGUCCCUAUCUAUUCCUAGACUGGAAUUAUGUGCAGCUACUCUCCUUGCUGAGCUAAUUGACAAUUUAGUGCCUCAAUUCGACGUUCACCGUCACUCAUUACAUUGCUGGACGGACUCCACCAUUGUGAUUUCAUGGUUAGCAAAACAACCAUGUCAUUGGAAUACUUUUGUAGCAAAUCGAAUUUCUAAAAUCAUCCAAACUGUCGAUCCACCAAAAUGGCACCACGUCAGUUCAGAGGACAACCCCGCCGAUCUCGCGAGUAGAGGUGUCUAUCCACAGGAUCUAAUCCAAAAUGAUCUUUGGUGGAGAGGUCCUGCAUGGUUAUCUGAAUUUGACACUCCUUGGGAAAAUUACUCUAAUCAAGAUGUCCAACCAACUGAAUUAGAGAAGAAGUCGAGCUCUAAGGAUUAUGGCGUAUGUAUAUCGUUUUAUAAAUGGUACUCAUCCACGAUAUAAGACCAAUAAUAGACGUUAUGGUAACGUCAUAGAAGCUCAAGAAAUCAUCCAUGUUCGCUCAAAGCUGAUAUCCAUAUACCAAAGGCUAUUUUACCCAAAUGAGUACAUGGCGCUGAGUAUCCAAAGACCGAUUCCUUCUUCUAGUAAACUAUUGAGUUUGAAUCCCUUCUUAGAUUCCGAAGGUCUAAUGCGAAUUUGCGGUCGACUUGAAGUAUGUCCAGAGUUAUCCUACAACGAGAGACAUCCUAUAAUUGUUCCAUACAACUGUCAAUAUUCCAAACUAUUAGUCCAAUAUAUCCAUUUGAUAAGUCUACACGGGGGCAAUCAACUUGUCCUCCGAUUGGUCCGUACACAAUACUGGAUACCAAAGGUUCAAAAUCUUAUAAAAUCCAUUAUACGAAAUUGCAAGAUCUGUGUCAUAUAUAAGAAAAGAUGCCAAAAGCAGUUGAUGGCUGCAUUGCCUCCAGAAAGAUGUGAAAUAUCCCGACCAUUCACACAUACCGGUUUGGAUUUUGCAGGACCUUUUGAUAUCAAGAGCUAUACUGGAAGAUAUUGUCGGAUUACCAAAGGAUAUGUGUGUGUGUUUGUCUGUUUUUCCACAAAGGCAAUUCACCUUGAAGCAACAUCCGACUUAUCCACAUCCAAUUUUCUGGCAGCUUUUAACCGUUUUGUUUCCCGUCGUGGGUGUCCACUCCAUUUGCACUCUGAUAACGGAACUACGUUUGUCGGAGCUUCCAAGAGGAUCGCAAAGGAUUUUAUCGAUACCUCGAAUCAAGCUCUAAUGUCCAAUUACGCCCACCAAAAUUUGACAUGGCAUUUCAUACCUCCCGGAGCUCCUCAUAUGGGUGGACUCUGGGAAGCCGGCGUAAAAAGUUUCAAACAACAUUUCCGCAAAAUUGCUGGCAAUACAAAAUACACAUACGAAGAAUUUCAAACCUUGCUGACUAAAAUUGAGGCGUGUCUAAACUCUAGACCAAUAUCCCCAUCUUCUCAAAGCCCAUCAGAUUUCACCGCAUUGACUCCUGGACACUUUUUAAUCGGUUCUCCUAUACUAUCUCUCUUAGAACCAGAAAUUUCCCAGUCAUCCAUUUCUAUUCAAAAUCGCUGGCAACGAAUCCGAUCAAUGUAUCAACAUUUUUGUAGCAGGUGGAAGACUGAAUAUCUGAAGGAACUUCAUAAAAGGACUAAAUGGAAAAGUCCAGAACGCGAUGUCGAAGAAAAUAUGCUGGUGGUUAUUCAGGAAGAAAAUCUCCCUCCGACCUGUUGGCGUUUGGGCAGAGUGGUUCGUGUCUAUCAUGGCAAUGAUCAGAAAGUGCGCGUUGCUGACAUUCUCACUCAGAAGGGAAGAAUCACCCGGCCAAUUACAAAAUUGGUCAUCUUACCAGAUAACCAGUCUUAGACUUUAUCCUCAUACAAAGCCUAAGACAAAUCAUUUUUUCCAUUUUCUAUUUCACUUCCAUUCCAUUUUUCUUUUUGUAAUUCGUUCCUUUAUUUCAGUUCUCUAUUUACAAUAUUACUAUGAAGGGUCCUUCGUCUUCUCGUUAUUCGGAAUUUGCCUGCAGGUUGUGCCGCAAAAAACAUCCUCUGAAAUCGUGCUGGAAAUUUCGUGCCAUGAACUCCGCCGAAAGGUUAAAUGCGGUCAAGAAAUAUGGGUACUGUAUGAACUGCCUGGCGCAUACCCAUUCACAGGGCACCUGUUUUACCACCACAGGAUGUGGAUAUUGCCACAAAAAGCACCACUCCUUGUUACAUCAACACCCAAGGUUACAAAAGGCAAAAUCAUCCUCGACAAAAAAGACCAAUAAGACGGUUACCCCUCUUGAUAUCACCACCCCCAAGGACUCUUCAGCCACUACCGGCUCAAUACCGAGGUCAACAUCGACAUCCAGUAUUACCUCUUUGUCGGCACUUCUUAGGCAGAAUGCCACCCCUCUUCUUCCUACUGCAGUCGUCAAAAUCAACGGAGCAAAUGGCACACAGUUGGCAAGGUGUUUAUUGGAUUCCGCGGCCCCCAUGAGCUGCAUUUCAAAACGCUUCGUAGAUAAGCUGGGGUUGUCUACGCUCGAGUUGGAAGAUGAAGUUAUGUGCCCCGUCACCUUGACAUCCUGCGUCGAUUCCAAGACAAAAAUAGAGGCUAUAUUGCGAAUGAGGAACAGGAUUGGAAUUACAACUCCUAAGCAAUCGCUGCCCGAGUCUUCAAAACUCAGUUUCAAAAACUUCGUCCUAGCAGAUAGCAAAUUCUACAAGGCAGCUUCUGUUGAUAUCGUCAUUGGGGUUGACAUAUAUUCCAAAAUUAUAGUCGACGGCAUCUUUAUUCGCCAUGGACUUCCUACAGCUCAAAAUACCCUUUUCGGAUUAGUGCUAUAUGGAACAUUUUCAAAUUAAUACAAAUAAUUGUACUCUCUUCCACCACUUUUAUUCUGAAUUUACGAUACCUUUUUUUUUAAAUACUAAUAUGCCAAUUGAAAUCACUUGAAAAGACAUAUUGUAUUAUGAUAUAAUAAGUUAUGCAUUAAGUCAUUUAGUCAUAUGAAUUUAGUCCUAAAUGAAUUGAUUAUAUAAUUGUCAUGUCCCCUUGCCAUGGGGGGCGGAAUGUUUACGUCAAAACGUAAACCAUUUUCACUUUCUUAAAUUGUAUCUUAAAUAUGAAUAGCACCAUUGUUAGUGUACUAUCCAUUCGAACUGUUAUCGAAGUUAAGAUAAAUAUGCUAUGUUUUUCCUUUUCCCAUUUCCAUACUUUCUUUUAUCGGCCUUCUCUAAUGGCCAUAUUGGGAGUCUAAUUUCCGCAUUAUCUUGGAUUCUAUUCUAAUUCGACUCUUGAACCUUACAGUCCAAAUCCAGUUCAAUCCUAAUAAAAAGAAUUCUAAAAGAACUAA